ACCAUCUGACAAUGACAGUCGAGCUGUUUAUAGCAAAAUGAGAAGAAUUUUGGAGUUGUUUCAGUGGACGAGAUGUCAAUGUGUUUCAUCGGGACCUGGAAGAAAAUGAAGAAUGUUAACCAGCUGUAUAAUUGCCUUAUGCAGCCAAAACAUUGAAUCUUGAAGAUGGUUCAGAAGGGAGGGAAGCAUGGUAUACGCACGGGUCAUACCAUUCGGGCAUUUAACUCCAAACAUAACAGGCGAUACUGGAGACAUGGCGUUAUAUUGUUGGAGGGAGAUAACAAUAUAGAGACAACUGUUCGAAAUGAAAGCCUUAAUAUGGUAAAAAAUGUACCGUAUAGCAUUAACAAGAACGGUAGAUGGCUCCUUCCGGAUUUGAUCGGCGAGAAGUUCGAUGAGUGUGACCCUCUUGAUAUCGAUAAAAGAGAUUAUUUAUUUCAAAAGAUAAGUGUCCACGCACAUUUAAAUCACGUUGUAUCAAUUUUAUUUGUUAUCAACUGCGAAAAGAUUCUUCGAGCUGAAGACAAAGCCGGUCUGGUAAUUAGACAGGAUGUCAGUACAGAUGAACCUUACUUUCAACAAGUCGAGACGUAUAAACGUAAUCAUAGCAACUAUGGAACAAGUUUGAGUAGGUAUCGGACAGAAGCAACAGAGAACGGGCAAUGCGUGAGUACAUCUGCUAUAGAAAAACGUCGUGGAUACUUCGAAAUUCAUACAGCUUUAAUCCCUCCUAAUUCAGAAGAGCUUCAAGACAGGUUAUAUCUACUUGGUCCUUGUUCUAAACAAACGUGUGCUCAAGUGAAAAGAAAACAUUUAGGUAAUAUAAAACGAAAACCAGAUUAUUCAUCAACGACUAUUAGAAAACCAUGGACAUUAACUAACAAGGCAAAGGGAUAUAAACAAAAGGCGAAAGUAAAUAAUUGCAAUGUAAUCAACGAAGGUUAUGAGCAGGCGUUAGAUGAAGGUUGGUUGAACUUUCCAGAUUACACAAUUUCAACAAAUGGACAUGGCAAAGGAGAUUACAUCCCAUGUAUGAACCGAAAAUGCAGACGAAAACGUUCAAAACGGAAACAAAGUGCAGUUAAACAAAAUGAUCAAGAUAUGGUUCAGAGUUGUUUGGCAUUCGGGAAUGAAACAAAAGAACAAGUUACCUUAGAAGAAAAUGACGAUGCGGUUUUGGUAGCUCCGACCACAACAACACCAGAAGAAUAUACUGAUAAUUUACGAACAGAAGAUAGAGACGUAACAGUAGAGUAUGUACAUGAGGACGACAAAUCGAGUGCUAUUAAAUGUCCAUGUGAAGGAAUUCAGAUGAAGUCUGUAAGGGUUUUGUUUAGUAAGUAUGAAAUAACAUCGAAGACUUUAUCGAAGUUGUAUGGACAGCGAAUUAUUGAAUGUAGUUGUUCUCCGCGACGUUUUUUGAUUGACAUUUCAAAUACAGUUGAAUCCGUAGUGAACGAAAGCAGUUUGACAUCUAAAAACAGAAAAAGAACAAAGGCGUUUAUGAUAUUUGUGCACGACGUUCAAAGCCAUUUAAAUAGUGUAACUGAACAAGCCUAUGACAUUUCAAUUAACUUAAACUGUCCGGAGAUUACAGAAACAAUUUCCAUCGAUAUAGUGAUGGACACGUUGCUGAGCAUUGUGGAGCUUAUCACAAAAACCAAACGAUGCAUUUCUUUGAACUAUAAGCACAACAUACACACUGAAAUAAUUUCGGAUGUAAAUGUUCUGCAACAAAGGAAAAAAAUGUUGGCAACGCUGUUUGCUUGGAACGUUGAUUCAUAUCAAAGUUACGAUACGGUGCUGUUAGAACACUUUUUGUCUCAAAAACCUGUAAUGUCUCACACAAAUACAGAUACAAACAAAAGCACACCUUUGAAAUCAUCAUCCCGAAAAACUACGGCAUCUAACAAUAACAUUUGUUCAAUAUGUCUCACAACAGCCGCGCCACUUUCUCCACUAACUACCUCCUUAAUGGCUUGUAAACAUCGCUUUUGUAACAGCUGCUGGGAAAGCUACAUACGAAUAAAAUGUUCAUCGGGUGUGACAAGUAUACUAUGCCCAGAAUAUUCGUGUCCAUAUAAAGUCGAUGCAGCUACCGUUCUUUCCUUCACUCCACUUCCAGAAGUCUGCAAAUACCUCAGAUAUCGCCAGCACGUGUUCAUGGAAAUACAAGACCAUAGUACGUGGUGCCCAAAUGAGCAUUGUCAUCGUGUUCUUUUACGGAAAUCGCCCAACAUGAAAUUUGCGCAUUGUUGUUGCGGGGAUAUAUUUUGCUUUGAUUGCCACGGCAGACCACAUUGGCCACUUACGUGUUUUCAGUAUAGACAAUUUGCUGCUUUUGUAAUGGAGUCAAGUGAUGCAGUUUCGCCAACAGAUUUUAUAGUAAAAUUCGAAGCACUAGUUUGCCGGCUGUGUUUACAGAUAGUACCACAAUAUACACAAUGUCGGGACAAACACUGCAAAUGUGUUAAAGGGAUGUGCAAAUAUUGUUCUGAUGUUUGGCACAGGAUGUGCGAAGGGCUUAAUGAAGGCAAUAUUUUCAAAAGAAACUAUAAUGUGGAGAACGCUGGUUACAUUCAAGGCAAGGCAUUAAGUAAAUGGCUGAAUAUUUCACAUCAGUGCAGGAAACGUCGACACCCCUUCCGUGUUCAAAAGCUGAUUGUGAACUCUAAAGCACUGGUUCGGCGGAUAUACAAUUAUUUGUUUAAUGCAAAACAAGCUGUUAAACUGGACUUUGACUUAGAAGAAGAAUACUUUGGACAUGAGGCCACUAAAAGCGAACGAUAUAUCCAAAGUUUUGUCGAACUAUAUGCUGUUUUAUGUGAAAUAGCAGAAUUUACAUCGUUUUGCAUUUACCAGAAAGGUGAAUCCAACUCAGGUGAAAUCCAAGAAUUUGUUUUAAGAUUUUCGAGACAAGCAAAUGCGAUAUGUUCUUUGUUCAAGGAGGGCGUCUACCAGAGACCGGAGAGGCUACUUGCAGCAUUGAAAGACUCGAGGAACCGGUCCUUGCAAGCUAUCUCUGAAUAUAGUCACAAGAUAGUUCCACUUUUGAAAGACACGUAGGAUGCAGGAGGUAGACAUAUAGUGUUUCAGAUAUCAGAUUUGGAAAGGAUCGGGUAUCUAUUCAAUCAUAAGAUGAUUGUUAAAUAUAAACUUUGAACAUUUCUUAUGUUGACGUAUACAUGUAUUUUAUGUUCAAAUAAAAAAUCGAAUGCCA